AUGCAAGUCAGGAAGAGGCGCAGACCCGUCCUGGCCGACGACCAGCAGCAGGAUCCGCCGUCGCCGGGGGGCGUCAACCUCGACCUCAUCAGCCGCCUCCCCGAUGCGGUGCUCGGCACGGUCGUCUCUCUCCUCCCCACAAAGGACGGGGCGCGCACGCAGGCCCUCUCCCGCCGAUGGCGCCACCUCUGGCGCUCCGCCGACGCGCCGCUCAACCUCGCGGCGGCCCCCGACCUCGCGGGCGACGACGAUUCGUUGGCCGCGCUCGUCUCCAGGAUCCUCUCCGGCCACCCCGGCCCGGCCCGCCGCCUCUCGCUCCGCCUCGCUUUCUCCCCGGACAGCCUAGGCGAGGCCGACGGCUGGUUCCGCUCCGCGUCGCUCGCCGGCCUCCAGGACCUCGAGGUUACCAACCUGGACUGGGGGAGCCACUACUCGCUGCCGCCGCACCCGCUGGCGCGCUUCGCGCCCACGCUAUGCGCGCUCAGGCUCGGCGGCUGCCGGUUCCCCGGCCCGGCCGCGCCGCCGCCGAGGUUUCCGCACCUCAAGCAGAUCAUGCUGUUCAAUGUUGGCAUCUCGGAGGACUCUCUGCAGAGCGUCAUCUCCAGCUGCGCUGUUCUCCAAAGCAUCUCGCUGCACAACAUGAGCUUCGGUCGCCUUUGCAUCAGCUCGCCGACUCUCCGGAGCAUCGCCUUCUAUCCUCCUCGCGACGAAGGCGUCGUCGCCGCCUUCCGGGAGCUGGUCAUCGACGACGCCCCUUGCCUUGAGAGGCUGCUGCCAAUUUACCCAGACGAUGGGCCGGUGACCAUACGGGUAAUCCGGGCUCCGAAGCUGGAGGUACUUGGUUUCUUGUCUCAAGGCAUACCCAGGCUCCACCUUGGAACCACACUCUUUCAGAGAAUGAUUGUUGUCACCAUGACAACCAAAAUGCGCGCACUGAAGAUUUUGGUUCUUGAAUGUGCUCCGAAUCUGGAUUUUGUUGUUGACUUCCUCAAGUGCUUCCCCUGCUUGGAGAAGCUCUAUGUCAUUUUUAGUGAAGGAAGGAAUACGAAUAUUGCGGGGAAGUAUGAUCAGCUUGAUCCAAUUGAAUGCCUUGAACUCCAUCUAAAAGAAGUGGUGUUGAAGAAUUACUGUGGUGGUCAUAGGCUAUAUAUCGACUUUGCCAAGUUCUUUCUUUUGAACGCGAAAGUGCUAAGGAAAAUGGAAAUCGGGGCCCGUUACAGCUACAAAUCCAACUGCAACAUCGACGACUGGACGUGUUAUCUACGUAGGCAGCUACAAGCGGAGAAUAGAGCUUCUCGAGAUGCACGGGUUGAAGUAAAAGUUAAUAAAUUCACCCGCCACUGUUGUCACAUCCUUGUGAUGGUCUGUAAAAUGGCCUACUCACUUGAGCAAUGGAAUGCUUUUUUACCCUACCCACUCUGGAGCAAAUCAUAUGAUCGAGGAGGUGGUGACUGA